AUGCGAUUUGGAUGGGCAGACGACCAUACGUUGGAGAUCGAAGGAACUAAAAGGGGUUCGUUAAACAACGACAGUAGAAGGAAAUCACAGAUGAUACCGUCGGAGUUUAUGGGUGCUGAGAUGGAAAUAAAGUUCAGAUUUUUUUUACUAAUUGGAGAUUAUUUAGCCAGAUUUUGUGCUGAAUAUUUGGUGGAUUUAGUUCCUCCUCAUGAUAAAGGGUGGCUUUGCCCUGUUUGUGAUUGCAAGGUUGACUGUGUUGACUUGUUAAAUGAUUCCAUGGGGACAGAUUUGUCCAUCAACGAUACUUGGGAGAAGGUGUUUCCUGAAACUGCAGUGUAUGGGGAUAAAUUUAAUGACAUUUCAGGGCUUCCUGAUGAUUCUGAAGAUGACAAUGAUAACCCUGAUGCUCCACAGGUAGCAGAAGAUGAGGUGGAUGUAGAGGAUCCAAGCUCUAAUGAGUCUGAUGAAUCUGAUUUCUCUUCUGCAUCUUCAGAUUUUGGAGCCAUAUCUAAUAAAACUAAUAACUGUUUAUCUGUUUAUCAAUCUUUUAUUUUUUAUUAA